AUGAUUGCCGCCAUAAACAUGCAAUGGCAAAACCACAUUCACCGCCACCCCCGUUCCCGUCGCCACCGCCACCGCCACCGCCUACAACCACCAUCAAACAACCGGCCAUGUCUAGGUCAUGAUUUCGGUCCAAAAGAGUCACAAGAACCAUUUGAAAGGAAACAUGUGGUCAUAGUGAUGGACGCAACCAAGGAGUUUUCGGUUGAGACCCUUAAGUGGGUCCUCAAGAAUAUUGGACUUCGCACUUGUUGUACAAUUACUCUUCUUGGUGUAAAGCCAUGGUUAACUUUUGCUUUUUCUUGCAAGACGGAUACGGAUAUAUGGACAUUGAAUAUUGAAGAUCUAUUGAGUAUGAAAGAUACGGAAGAGUGGAAAAAUGAUGUGAGGUGUCAAAAGGCUCAACAACUAGUUGAUCUUUGCAUAGAAUAUGGGGUUGCGCCAAGGAUAGAGAUUCGACAAGGGUUCCCAAAACGGUUACUUGUUCUUGAAGAAAUCACAAGCGCGUAUGCAACAUGGGUUGUUUUUGACAGGCACCACAACAAGAAGCACAUAGAAUACAUUAUUGCAAAGAAAGUACCAUGCAACAUUCUUGUCAUGAACAACAAAGGAGAAGCAGAUAUGAUUAGAGGCCGAUCAACAACUUUUGAAAGCAAUGAUGAAAGCCCUACAUUCACUCCUUCCACAAUACCAACCCCUACAUUGAUGCUCUCUGAUGAAUACAAGAAGAUUCUAAACAUCAAGAGCCCUUAAAAGAUCUGCUAUACUAUGAACUUAUACAAGUUUACAAUACUGGUCUCUAUUCUCUACCUACUAGAAGCCAUUUACUUUAAGUUCAGAUUUCACAAGACACAGGAAAUAGACAAGGAAGGAGAAUGUAUCAAUAAAAGGUUGUUAAGAUUUAAGAGUUAAGACAUUUAUAUCAAAUUGUGGGGAUUGUUGUAUAUUUACGUGUGUAUUUGUAUUGUAAUGAAUAAAGAUAUUUAUUUGCAAGAGAAACAAUACAACUGAAGAACUCAUAAGUAGUAAAGAAAGUAUGAAACUUAUUGCAC